AUGUUAUCUACAUCUGCAUCGUCAGUUUCAUAUAGAUAAAAAGGAAAGUUGCCUUCUGCAAACAGCAAAUUAUACAAAGGAUUUGUUCAUGAUGCUACAAGUAAAUUGUCAAUAGGGUCAAUUCCUGCAAAAUUGGAACUUAUAAUAUAUCGUGACCAAAGUACAAAAGCAUUUGGAUCUAGUGAACCAAGAUUUAAAGAAUAAUUACCUGAUAAUCCAGGCCCUUAAGAAUAUGAAUGUGGUUUAUAUUCAUUCGGUAAAGUUUAAUCAGAAUCAAUUUCCAAUAAAGGCAAUGGAGGCUUAGCUUGUUCUUAAGAAAGAUAUGUCUUUGCUCCUAAAUAUGUAAAUUCUGGUCCUGGAUCUGGAUAAUAUGCUUAAAGUUAAAGCUUUAAUACUUCAUAGUCAACCAAUAACCCUUCAUUUUUUAUGAGAUAAUAAUAAUAAAAGAGCGUUGAAAAGAUUGAAGUGAUAAAUCCAGGACCAGGAGAGUAUGAUUAUGAAAUUACUUUAGAUAUGAUAUGCCAUAACCCAAAAAAUCAAAUGUAGUUAAAUAUGUGUUUAUAUCAAAAACCUUAAGAGGUUAAUUUCAAAAUAAACCUAAUAACCUCCUCCUGGUUAAUAUGAAGUAUAACAUUUAUUAUCAAAACCUGAACAUAAAGGUCCAACAUCAAGUAAAUCUUGAAAAUAUUUAGAUUUUUACCCUGAAAUUACUCCUUAAUAAUAAAUUAUAGCCAUGAUGCUUAACGAUAAAGAUAAAUAGAAUGACAAAAUAUUGCCAGGACCUGGUGAUUGCGAAAUUAAAUUCCCGCUUUUUGAUCCAGAUUACAUUAUAAAAAAAGUAUUAUCAUCUUUUGCAAUUUAAACUGGAAAAGAUCGUUUAGGAAAAUAUGAGAGAGUAUAAGAACAAGAAAUAAUUGGGCCAGGUAUUAAUAAUAAUUAAAUUUAAAAGGAUCUUAUUAAAUUCCGAGCAAAUUUGAUGAAAUAACAAAAGAGAAAUUACUAGUCUCAGGGAAUGUAUUCAUGUCAGAGAGUUUGAGAUAAUCUUAUGGUGAUUUUGAAAAGAAAUUAGGUCCCAAUCCAAAAAGUCCUUAUAUUUUACCAAAAAAAAAAGAAUUUUCACUUUAAUCUGCAAAGAAAACGGGUGUUAUUAUUAUUUUGUUUUAAUCCAUUAUAUAUUUAUAAUAUUAAUUAAAAAAUGUCAAAUAUUGGUUAUGUUAUAAUAAUUAGAAAUACUAAAUCAUCUACAUUUUUUCUUCUCUUUUUGAAUUGUAUUAUAUUUAGUCAUUAAUUCUUAAUUAGAUCACAAUAAUUUGUUUUUGA